AUGGCAACAAAAGCUAUUCAGCUCGAAGAGUGCUUCGAGCACCUGAACGUUAACGAUGAGAACGACCCUGGUGAAAGAUUGGUGCAAAAGUCCAAGAUCUCCAUGACCACAGCACCAAUAUCUCACGGCAGUUCGAGACCGAAUCUGUUCAAGGUCGCCUUACAAUCGCAAAGCGCAAACACAGUCACAUCGGUGACACUCCCGUCCCAGGCAGCCCAAAGAAAAAUGGCUCCGCCGCCCAAGAGCAGAGAACCUCCUUCACCUAGCAAACACAAAAAGGAUUCAGUCUCGUCCAGCGUGGAUGAGCUUGCACAUGAUGAAGCUGAAGCCCCGGCUCCUAGAGUACCCAAGGAAUUCCACCUGGGCAUGUUCGAAAUUGGACGACCUCUAGGCAAGGGCAAGUUCGGCCGUGUCUACCUCGCUCGCGAGCGUACCACCGGCUUCAUCUGCGCAUUAAAGGUCCUGUACAAGAAGGAACUUGAGGCUGGCAGCGUCGAAAAACAGGUCCGGCGAGAAAUUGAGAUCCAAACAAAUCUCUGCCAUCCCAACAUCCUGAAAAUGUACGGUCAUUUCCAUGACAAUAAGCGUAUAUUCCUCAUCCUCGAGUUCGCAGGCAAAGGUGAACUGUAUAAACACUUGCGCAAAGAAAACCGCUUCCCUGAGUGGAAGGCUGCCCAAUAUAUCGCGCAGAUGGCCAGCGCUCUUAAAUAUCUCCACCGGAAGCACGUCAUCCACCGGGAUAUUAAGCCGGAGAACAUCUUAGUCGGCCUUCACGGGGAGCUGAAGAUUUCGGAUUUUGGUUGGAGCGUACACGCUCCCAACAAUCGUCGCAAGACGCUUUGCGGCACUCUCGACUAUCUCCCACCAGAGAUGGUGACCAAAUCUGGCAACACUUAUGACGAAAAGGUUGACCUAUGGAGCUUGGGUGUGCUGACUUACGAGUUUGUCGUUGGCGAGGCGCCUUUUGAGGACACACCGGUCAUGACUCAGAGGCGAAUUGCCCGGGCCGAUAUGACAAUCCCGUCUUUCGUUAGCCCAGAGUGCCGUGACUUGAUCAAGAAGCUCUUGGUUAUUGACCCUGUCAAAAGGCUCUCUCUUGACGCUGUUCAAAAGCACCCCUGGAUCAUCAAGCACUGUGUCAAGGGCGAGCGUGCCACCAACCGCGAGAAAGGCCGCGGUAGCGACUAA